UAUUUGUGAACUAACUGAAUUGUUAAACUUUCUUUCACGGAAAUAAAGCAUUUAAGGAUUAUUUCUAGGAGGGUUGCAAUUAAAGGGACAGUAUCCCGAUAAUGCGCACGCGCGAGCGUCAUCUGUUUUUUUUCAAAAGACAAUAAAACUGUCAUAUUGACUCGACAAGAUUUCCUUCCGGACCGCACCGCCGACAGAGAUUUGUUGUUUAUAUUCUCAAGUAAUAUUUUAGACUUUCAAAGAAGUCGUUCGUCUUAUGUAAAAAUUUGGCUCGCGGUUCGAAGACUUAUCGCGAUUUUAUCGCUAGCUGGGCCGCCUCGCGACCCGAAAAUCUCGUUCCGCUCGCUUUAAAAACAUAUUUUCUCAUUUGAAACUCGUGUCAGAGGUCAGUUGUUCCAAGUCUAGUAAUAGCUGCCUGAUUUGCUCGCUUUCUAGCCUCAAACGUUUGAAAGACAUAAAUAAAAAUGCAAUCUCAACGCUAUAUGAAUCAUCAGAAAGGUUAGUCAAAAAUUAUAUUAUGAUUUCAUGGCACUAGUUUUUCUAAACAUGUAGCGCCUGUUUGUUUGAUUUUGUCGGCCGUUAGGGAGAUUCGCUUAAAAAAGUUUACUAACGCGUCGUUGCAAAAAAUUCUGCUUCACGAAGCUCCCCUCCACAAUAUCUCCUCAGUCACAUCAUUAUCAAUGUCUCAAUGGUGUCUUUCUUACAGUCUUUAUUGUUGCCGUUUCAUUUCUGCGUAUUCCUUUCACAAUCAUCUGAGCAUGUAUGGAAGCUAGCAGAAGAAAUAAGCCUUCAAUCGGCAUCAAAGUGCUUCCAAUCUUUUGGUCCUCCGGCCAACGGCAAUAAAAGUAACGCCAAAAAAAUCCAGAUUUUGCCCAAAUCGAAACUUAACAGGAACAAUAUAUCAUUGAUCUGCAAUCCUGAGAAGUUUUAGUGUCGUAUUGAUCCCGGUCAUGGUGCAUGCGCGGUAACGGGAUACUGUUCCUUUAAGUCACAGCGUUAAAAAUAAGCGAACCAACAGGUAGUGUGCAUUUCUUAGUUUCAUUCCCAUUAAUAACAGCGCUUUUGACAACAUUAAUUUAUUAAGCAAUUCCAUUGACGUAUACCUUAACCCUAAUAAACUAAAGCCUCGUCCAAACGGACGCAUCAUUGUUGGCCAACAACUCCCAACAUUGUUGUUAGCAGAAGUCAAAGAAGAUUCAUGGUAGCUCAUAGUGUAGCGAGCGAGUUGCUUGAACACACCCCCACUCAUCCAACAAUGUUGGGAGUUGUUGGCCAACAGUGUUGUGUCCGGUUAAUUGCACGGGGCUCAAGUACUAGUCGGUAAAACUGUAGUUAAUACAGUAUUAACGGCAAUCAAUAGCAAAGAACAUUAUAUUGUCGAGACUAAGACAAAAUAAUUAAGGAAUUGCGUAUUAUAUCAAAUGCACUCUUAUCGUCACAUAUCUCAUUUUUCAGUAUAUCAACACAACAGGAGCUCGAGUGUGUACAAAGGAAUUGUACGAUUUAAAGUACGACCCUCUCUCAGUAUCAUAUACUGUCUUGUCAGGUAAGAACGGGUUCAUGGAAUUCUCGUUUUAGUAACACAUAGGUUUUACUGAUUUCUCACAACUAAUUCAUUAUGAAUGCAUAAAGAGAUAACGAAAAUCACUUCAUUAAUAGAGGAAGGCGAUCGUUUUAAAUAUUAGCUCCCUGGAAGUCGUUCAGUGUUUUUGCUGCUGAUUAUCCCAUGUACAAAAUGCUCUCAAUUUGGCGUCGUCAGUUCUAUUUUCCUCUUUUCCUCCUGCUAAGCGUAUCGCCCGCACAAGCAGUUGGAAUGAUGUUUGUGAAGCUGCCUCGUCCCCAGUCGUUCGCGUUGCUUGCCUCCAUUUCUCGCGCUUCUCGAUUGUUCUGUUCUCCCUACUAAGCCUUGGGAAGCCUGUGGAAAAGGCACUCUUUAAGGGACCAAAUGUGUGGAGAUUUCUAAACUGCACAGUCGUUUUAUAUCUUUAUCUCAGAUAUUUGCCAGCCAAGAUGGAGUUAUUUUUGUGGCUACUGUUACUUCACAAGUCGUGCAUGCGCCUCGUGGCUGACCGCUGAGUCAAACUGUUCUACGAUGAGUUCCAAUUUGGUAACGGUUCACAAUCAAGAAGAAAAUGUCUACAUUCAACACCGUCACAAUGGAGAGAGAUCUUGGAUUGGACUCAAUGACCGAAGUGUGGAGGGCUCCUUUGCGUGGACAAACAAAGAAAUAAGUAGUUUUAGGUUCUGGGCCCCACAGCAACCGAACGACUGGAAAAACGAAGACUGUGUUCACACCCUUGGCGCCAGGCAUGGUUACACUUGGAAUGAUGUGCCAUGUACUAACUGUUACAACUACACUUGUUUUAAAGGUACUUCGCGCAGCAGUAUGAAGAUUUAUAAUUGUAUAUAUCUUAAUCUUCACGUUCCAGAUAGUGAAUUUACUGAGUUAAAAUUACAUUCAAAAAGGUCGAAACACAAUAACAGCAUGUUAGGCAGAUGGUUAGGUAGAUGGAAGAGAGGGUAACACCGAUCAGUUUCAUUGUUAGAAACAUAGGGAAACAAGUCGUUUACAUUUGCAUUAAUAAAAAUGUCCAUUGACCUAAAAAUGGUCGCAAAAGUCUGAAAUCGGCGUAAUCAAAAGAUGAACAAGAAAGCGUUCAUACGUUGGAACCAUGGGAAAAGCCGCGCUAAUCUCCGCUUACUUUUUAACACGGUUUUCUAAACACCUCUUUGCAAAUUAUUAACGAACACAAAUACAUACGUUAACUCAGGGCACGCUUACGACCCUUUUUGCAAGUUCCUUUUAUCAAACAUUUUUUUUUUUGGCCUCACCAGUGUACAUUACUUACCCCACUACAUUACAGUAUAAACAAGCUUCACUGACUAAAAGCCUCUGUGUGUUUAUUUUUAGACUUGGAUGAAUGUACCACUGGUUCCCAUUCCUGUGACGUCAAUUCCGUAUGCCAGAAUACCGUGGGUUCAUACAAAUGCUCGUGUAAUGCUGGGUACACAGGAGAUGGAAAACCUUGCAAUGGUAUUUGAGAUACAGUUGAUCCUCCAUGUUUGACCACUUCUUCCAAGCGACCCAUAAGUCGACAAAUAUCGUAGCUGUGAAAUUGCACACAAUAAAUUGUUUUUCAAGGAGACGGCCUGUUAAUGUAAAUGACACCUUCCCGUAAGCGACUCUAAUCUGAAGGUUCUUAAACAAGACGACGAAACCAUUGAAGGUGCAAUGUUUGUGUACAAAAGCCCAACACUGUCCUGUCAUUUUGGAAAAAAGCCUUAAACCAUAUUUGUUAAAACAUAAAAAAAAACAACAACAACAAACAAACAAACAAACAAGAACAAAAAAAAAAUGGAUACAUUCACCUUAGCGACAGAUGUAAACCAUCAGGUAGAUUUAAUUUUAGUUAUUCUGACGCUUUACGUAACUUACAAUUCUCAUGCAGAUAUCGACGAGUGUUCUACCAACUCUCACAGCUGUGACGUUAAUGGGGUUUGCAGCAAUACUGUUGGAUCGUACGCAUGCGCAUGUAAAGCAGGAUUCACAGGCGAUGGCAAAACAUGCUCUGGUAAGCUGUUGUGGUGUUGCAAAAAACGCUUCCAAAACUAUGUGCGUCCCUGUAUUUUCUACAUUCGAUCUUUACAUUUAAACAUGUAGAAAACGAUGGACAUAUAACCUCAAUGGUUCGAAAAAUAAAUAAAGUAAAACUAGAAAUACGUUUCUCGCAAACUUUCAUUAAACUCGGUCAUGCACAGUUGUCAAGCAAAACCGGUUAGAAACUGAUUGGGUGACCAGGGUCUAAUCUGUCGUAAGACCUGGGACUCCUUUUUCUUCUGUUUUCCUUGUUGUUUAGUUGUCCUAUUUGAGUUUUAAAUGCCUUGAAUCAACCCCUUAUGAGUUUCUGGUGUAAUUUAAUGUUUUUUCCCUUCGUUUUUAUGUAAAGAAGGCAAAAACAUCGAUAAGAGCAGAAGAUAACGCAGAUUUCAAGUGUUACCUAUUGUACUUAAGCAGGAUUAACGCUUAGAGAAAAUGAGAGUAAAUGACCUUAUUGAUCAAGAGUGUGCUGCAUCACUAAGCAAGAAGCCUUCGUCACUUUUCUCACCAGAUAUCGACGAGUGCCCUACCAACUCUCACAACUGUGACGUUAAUGCGGUGUGUAGUAAUACUGUUGGAUCUUACGCAUGCGCAUGUAAAGCAGGAUUCACUGGAGAUGGAUUCACAUGCACUGGUGAGCCGUUUGAGAACAAUUUUGUUUGUUUGAUAUGUUUGUUUUUUGAGUGAACAGCAACGACAGCAAUACAAGAGUCUUUUGUGUUCUUCUCGCCUUUUACAGUUGAUAAGUUUUGGUUAGGCUGUAAUUUAUAUUUAUUUUAGUAUUCAUCUUGACUGUAUCUAGUAAACAAAAAGAAAAUAGGAGCCACGCAUCCAGUUUAUAUCAUCGGAUAAGUUCAACGAUGGUGAUUGUUCAAACCUGCGAUCGUUAUUUUAGGCCAAACAAUUGGUUCGAUACCCUAACCGUAAAACAAUAGAAAAUAUUGAUAAACAAUGAUGUGCUAUACGAGCAGCUCUUACAUUACUUUUUCAUCACGCUUAAGAUAAUUCAUUCCGUUUUUCUCGUUCUGUUUUCUCUUAGCAAUAAGAAACGUUUUGAUAAUACAUUUUGGCAUUCUUCGUUUUGUAGAUAUUGACGAGUGCGCCACCGGUACUCACAACUGCCACAGCUCACUUGCGUCAUGUACAAACACAGUGGGAUCUUUUAGUUGUUCAUGUAACCAUCCUUACAAUGGAAAUGGCAGAACUUGCAAUCUAGCAUCAGGUAAUCAACUCGCUGAAUAUUACGAAGAUACCCAUUUACUAGACCUCUGGUAUGCCGGCGUAGGGAUCGUCGUUACUUUCGGUGGGACUGUCCUAAUACUCAUUUCGUACCUACGUCACUAAACCAGCCUUCAACAAAUGUUUGAGCUUCUCACUCUAUCUGGAUUUUGUCCUGCAACCUCUUAUGUUAAGGAAUAUUUGGAGAUAGUGGUCUAACGAUUAACGGACUAUGAUUGUUAUAGACAUCACUUCUUUUGACUGUGGGAGCUUUAAGAUAAUGGUAGUUUGUUGGAGUUGCGGAGACGAAAACUUAGUAAACAAUUCCUACAACACAAAACAAAAGCGAACUAACAUUAAUUAGUUUCUGCAACACCAAGAAACAAUGCACCCAAGAUAACAUAUACUAAAGAGUUCAGUACUCUAUAGAAAAGUGUAAGAAAACGAUUUUUAGUUGCGACCUGAGCAAGUAAGAGGAACUGAAACGUUGCGACAAGGACCCCGUUAGCUGCCAUAAACUGAUCAGAUGGACUCAUGAUCAGUGGCCAACUUAAAACCUUGAGCAUCAUCAAAGGGUUCUUGGUCCAAUUUUUUACAAGAGAUAAAGAAGCUUCACUAUAAGAAACAUAUGAAAAUGGAGCGUUGUAAAUCCGUUGCACACUGAGGCGAAUAGUGCUGGGGUGCUACAUACGUGAAAGUUUUAACUAGCAGAAAUCGCUUUGUCAUUAGACCCUUCUCACUAAAAUGGUUUAAAUAGAAGCAUGGGAGUGAGAUUGGAAAGGGUCACAAACUAGAAAUAUUGUUUCUUCUCAAUAUUAUUUAUUCAAUAUAUCACCGUUUCUGGUUGUCUGUCCCGCCGCUAAAUCUUCAAAACCGGCACAUGGUUACCAUAUUUGGACGAGGUCGAUGUAGGCAGUACCCAAUCGAUGGAAGGCUCAUCCUCGAUCCGCAUAAUUCUUCACAUCAUAUAUACUCAGCCUCAUUUAAUAUAUGAAAUAUUUGUGACUCAAUAAGGUUCUCAAUAGAAGAGGAAAACUUUGAACUUGUUUCCGCCAUGUUAAGGCGUGGAGUCGAAAAAUCAUCCACAUUGAUCACGUCGAGCGAACCAUUACAUUAAUCAGGAUAUAUGAACUAUUACUUUCAAUCCCGAUAAUUGAUUUCUCUAAUUUUGCCGAUUAACUGCGAAUACGGUCAACUUUAACCCCGUCACUGCCAUAGUGUUUGAUGGAGUUUUGUAAGGCGAGUCUAACUUUUGAGUCUGCAGACGAGAUCCUAUGAUGUGAGCAUUCAAAUGAAAGCUCUCUGCCUGUACUUUCAUAUGGUGCUAUUUGUUUGUCAAAAUUUUAGAAAAUGAAAUUUGGAAAUUUGGUCGAAAUUUGCCUUUGGCCACAUUUGGCAGUGAAAGGGUUAACCGUCGAGACCCAGCUGUUGUCUAACAAAAAGUUCGGAAAUAGAUCCGCAGAGAAUGUUCCCCUAAAUUUAAAUUUGCCAGUUAGUAUCUGUUUAUCGUUGUUAAUAUCUUUUUCUUUUAGUAUCUUGUGUUUGGAUUCUAUUUUUAUUCAUUCACAGUAACCUUUAACCUUUGAAAGAAAUUCAGCUUGCUACAUCCGCUUUCCUUUCCCUUACAGUGUAUUUUAUUUCGCUCUUCCUUCCCUUUACCCUUGUUUAUUAAUUCUGUUCCAGUUUGCUCUACAACCUUUUACCAAAAACGCCAAACGAAGAAAAAAUAAUGCGACUUCAAUUAGUAACGUAUUCGUACCGUGCGUAAGCCAACACAGGAACGAGAACGUCAGAAGAAUCAUAAAUUUGGAUUAGCAACUUUGCAAGUUUAUCGUGCUUUUCAAUAAUGUGAAACCUCCUUCAAAACUUAUCAGAAUUCGGUAGGGAUAUCGUCCAAUGGACUUUAUGAACUCAGUCACUUGAUGCGGGGCUUUUAAUUUGGUCUGAGGACAAAUACGAGUUAAAAUGACUGAAACAUUUAAUGUAUUUAUACUAAUAAACAUAAAAUGUUAUGUACUACGGUCAUCCUUAUUUGCAAAAAUUAAAAAUUAUUUGCAAAAACUUAGUAACCAAAAUGUCGAAGUUUUUUAACUGAGAAACCACCAGACUAAUCCAAUUUCACGAUUGUUUAUUCAUUGAGCCAAGAAUAAGUUGGUGAAGUGAGACGCAAACAAUUCUUACAUGUACCAGUCAAUGACAUCAAUUCCCAUUAUUUAGCGUCGCAUCACAGUUAGAUGUAGUGACACUCUCUUCGAACGUUUUUCCCUCUUGUACGAUUCCGAAUAACUGUGGAAAUUUCUUUAAUUUAGAUAGCCGUUUUGCGAAGGCAGGUAGCCUUUUUAUAUGGAGGUGGGGGUCACCGGGUUAGUAAGGUGACCCGCUUAGGUAGGGUAACCCGCCUGUCCAUGCAAUCUCUUGAGUGGUCACCCCACCUAUCAUGUAAACUUGAUCAAAUUAAAAUGAGAGAUUAUAUGAACAGGCGGGGUACCCACCUACACGUGAACAUUACAGGUCUUUAAAAUGUGUACUUGUGGUUGCACGGUGUAUUUUCAUAAUCACAUCUGACCAACCUUUGUUAUUUUGACUGUUUUUGUGUUCCGAUCUUCUUCUUCUUCUUCUUCUUCUUCUUCUUCUUCUUCUUCUUCUUCUUCUUCUUCUUCUUCUUCUUCUUCUUCUUCUUCUUCUUAAUAUUAUUAUUAUUAUUUUAAAUUGAAAGAGGAAAACCGUUAUUUUGAAAUAUUAAGUAAUACUAACAGUUUAUCAGUCGACCCCAUAAAAUGGCUUUUCGGUCAAUUUUAUAAUUGCAAUUUGAUAAUUCAAAGCAUAAUUAUCUUCUUUACAAUAUGUGAAAUUUAUUGGGAAAAAAAUGAAAUAAGGAAAUAAUGCUUCUUCACUUCAGCCUUAAGCUGAUAGAGAUUCGCUAUAUUACCUAAAGAUUCGGGUCAUUCCAGAGAAUGACUGUGUAGGGCUAUGUAUGGCUAUGUAGGGCUAUGUAGGGCUAUGUAUGGCUAUGUAGGGCUAUGUAGGGCUAUGUAGGGCUAUGUAGGGCUAUGUAUGGCUAUGUAGGGCUAUGUAUGGCUAUGUAUGGCUAUGUAUGGCUAUGUAUGGCUAUGUAGGGCUAUGUAGGGCUAUGUAGGGCUAUGUAGGGCUACGUAUGGCUAUGUAGGGCUAUUUAAAGUUAUGCCAUAUAUUAACUAACGGGGAACCACUAUAUGAUGCUUACACCACGUACCUACCGGCGGACUGCUCAUAGCCGCUGACCAGCAGUGAAUCGAAAGGAAGGCAUGUCUAACUUGUUUCUGUUUCCAAUAUUACGAGAGUGCACAUCGCCCACUUUCAUUAACCUAUUACAGAGAAGGGACGGGGCAAGUCCCUUAACAUAUGUUAAAUAAACUCGAAUUUUUUUUUAAAGGCUUGUCAAAAAACGCAAGGCACUCGUUUUAUCACUGGUUAAAAAAUCUCUCGCUUAUUACGCUCAAAUGUUAAACCAAUGAUAACACUGAUGUUCGUGUUUUAAACAUAACUAAACACGGAACGCUUUUAGACUAGAAAACCAUCGUUUUACCUUUUUCUACAUUGAGAUACAUUACAAUAGAAUUAAACACCAAAAAACAUUCACCAACUUGGUGAAUUUGAGAAUUAACUUGAACGAAAUGGAAUAAGAGUGAUAAAAAUUAAUUUGAAACAGCGUGAAUACACUUUUUUUGUGGCGUUUUCGCUACAUACCGUCGCAGUCGUGGUUGCUUAAUAUGCUCCUUAUAUGGAAAGAGACUGUGACUGAUAGGGAGAUCGGGUAUGCCAAAUAUGGAGAAUAUAGACUCUACGCCUCCGACCGAGUUUAAUAAACUUUGGAGAGGCUUAACUUUAACGUCACUGAAAUUCGGAGUAGAUUGCGAGAUUAAUUAAAACCGCACCAUUUGAAGAGAGAGCAGCAUGCCGCUGGCACGCAAGCUCAGAAAGAAAAAACUUUAUUUUGCGCGUUUCAGUCUGAUCAUUAUGAUAACAAGCUUCAAGGGUAUCUGACACUUGUGCGAGCUUGUUUUUUAAAGGGAGGCUCUCCAGAAAAGUGUGGUUCGCUGCUUUCCGUUAUUUACUCUAUGACGCAUCUCUUGACGCACACGGAUCCGUGCAGAAGAAGAAAAUGAAAUUGCAUGAAAAAAAUGAAACAGGAGUAGUUCAUACUUCCUUUUUGAGUUCAUGGGCAUCCUAACUCAGAGGAUUUUGAAACUCGACCCUGGUACCAAAGUUCCAAGGCAACCUCAUAACAGUUACAAAGGUAUAAAGUAAAAGUCUCUUUAAUAUUACUGACACUACAACGUUUUUAUAAGCUCUAUUUUUUUUACAAUCUGACUGAGUUAAUUCUCGUGCGAUGAUUGACUAAUUUCUAUCAACAAUAAGAGGACAAACAUAAAAUUUUAAUUUCUGCAAGAUGAAACACCGUAUAUAACGGAGAGUUUCUAAAAUUUACCCGCUUAAUACGGACACCGUUUAAUAUGGACAACGGACACUUAUUUGUGUCCCGAGGCACAAACUCGCAUACAUUGUUAACCCCUGCUAUUUACGGACACUGGUUAUCUGCGCGCUGUCUAUUUUCCUUGAAACAAUCACGUGCUAAUUGUAGAUAUUGUAUACUGUUCAAACAAUUACAGAUUUCUGUGGGUUUGACUCUUGUACUAUAUAGCCAUGUAAUAUUUUUUUCUGCUACAAAAGUUUCACUUACUGGCCUUUCGCCGCAGUCAUUGUUCCUACCCUUCUUCCUCUUUGUCCUAGUCUUAAUAUCAAUACAACAUGUGUCCUGGACGUUUUUUUCCGAGAGCACACUUAUUACGGCCAUCAGGAUGAUACGGACACCAAGGCAUUUCCCCUAAUUGUCCGCAUUAACCAGGUUCUACUGUAGUUUCUUUUUAAAAAGUAUUUUUUUUUAACUCAUCCUUGUUUCCAAACAUUUGUUAUAAUGAAAAGCAAAUUGACGCCAGAUCAUAACAUUGUCAAAUUUUCCACUAGAUUCACUCGCCUGGGGCUCUUGCUACGGUGGAUCCACAACACUUUGACAAUGUUAUGAUGCAGUUUUAUCGUCAAUAAGACGACAAACGAUAAAGAAACUAGCGUCAAUGUGAUGAAUUGAACCAUAAAANUUUUUUCCGAGAGCACACUUAUUACGGCCAUCAGGAUGAUACGGACACCAAGGCAUUUCCCCUAAUUGUCCGCAUUAACCAGGUUCUACUGUAGUUUCUUUUUAAAAAGUAUUUUUUUUUAACUCAUCCUUGUUUCCAAACAUUUGUUAUAAUGAAAAGCAAAUUGACGCCAGAUCAUAACAUUGUCAAAUUUUCCACUAGAUUCACUCGCCUGGGGCUCUUGCUACGGUGGAUCCACAACACUUUGACAAUGUUAUGAUGCAGUUUUAUCGUCAAUAAGACGACAAACGAUAAAGAAACUAGCGUCAAUGUGAUGAAUUGAACCAUAAAAUUAUUAUUUAACCUGCUAUUUUCGUACUUCAUCGUAUGGAGCAGAGAUCACUCUUCCAUUUGCGGGCGCAGAUUGAGUCAGCUUAAGAACAAUGCCUACAGAGAUAUUUGUCUCCCUUUUCCACGUUAUUGCUUAAACUUGACUGUAUGUCAACCAGUGUGUGAAAGUUAGUAACCAAUCCGCAAUUACUCGUAUCCAGACAGAGAUCGCGACAGUGGGGCAGGUGCUGGGAAAUCUUAAAGGAGGAGAAAAUUACCCACUUUGAACCUGUUUAUGUGCAGCAGAUAAAACUUCACGAAACCAGUUAAACUACAAAAAAUAUUAAAAUAUCAAAUAAUUUUCUAGCUUUUUAAAAGUUAAAUUAAUUCUUAUGAUAAUAAGUAUAUAUAUAUAUUUUUUAUAUCAGAAUGUCAGAAUUACGGAAGUCUUAACAGCGGUGACAGAAAGAUUACGUACCCUAAUAACCACGGUUAUUGUGACAGUGCAAUCGGACCUGGAUGGUUUCGUUUUGAGAGAUCCGCCGGCACAAGAAUGCCAACUUCGUGUCCACCUGAAUACAGAUGUGGCACUCAUGUAACCGGCUGGUUGAAUGGUGGUAACCCAACAGUAGCAGACGGUCAGGUCAGCAGGACGGUGUGUUUUCAUUUGUUGGCUAACUGCUGUCGAUGGUCAACAAACAUCAAAGUGAGAAAUUGUGGUUCUUAUUAUGUGUACUAUCUUAAUGGUACACCUGGGGGUUUUUGCAAUCUCCGUUAUUGUGGCACUAACUGA